GCCGGAAGUCGGUGCUCAAAAAAGAGAGAGAGGCCGGCUUUUGCCUUGCAGGCGGGGGCUGCCUGGCAGACAAGCGAGAGUUGGGGGCGUCGCUGCUUUCUCGCCCCCCUCCCUCUACGCCAGGCGAGGCCCCGGCUUUCCCUUCCGCCGUUGGGAAAGAUGCUGCCUUUGUCCAUCAAGGACGACGAGUACAAACCUCCCAAGCUCCAUUUGCUCCGAAAGGUCUCGGGAUGGUUCAGGUCGAUCCUCUCGGACAAGACGUCGCGCAACCUCUUCUUCUUCCUCUGCCUCAACCUCUCCUUCGCCUUCGUGGAGCUGCUGUACGGCAUCUGGAGCAACAGUCUAGGUUUAAUAUCGGAUUCAUUUCACAUGUUUUUUGAUUGUACUGCUCUGUUAGCUGGGCUUGCAGCUUCAGUCAUUUCAAAGUGGAGAUCUAAUGAUGCUUUUUCCUAUGGGUAUGUUCGAGCGGAAGUAUUAGCUGGUUUUGUAAACGGUCUAUUUUUGAUCUUCACCGCUUUCUUCAUUUUCUCUGAAGGGGUUGAGAGAGCACUUGAGCCUCCUGAUGUGCAUCAUGAAAGACUCCUUCCUGUUUCCAUACUUGGCUUCCUUGUAAAUCUGAUAGGAAUCUUUGUGUUUCAACAUGGUGGACAUGGCCAUUCCCAUGGUUCUGGACAUGAACACAGCCAUUCACUGUUUAAUGGGGGUCUCAGCCACGGUCAUGGAGGACAUGGCCACAGUCACGAUUCCAAGCAUGGGCAUGGACAUGGACAUAGCCACUCCCACGGAAAUGAGCAUGGACAUUCUCACGAUUAUUGCCAUGAUGAUCAACCCAUUGAGAUGGCUGCAGGAUCCAACAGACAGAUUUUAGAAGGUGUAUUUUUGCACAUUGUUGCUGAUACCCUUGGAAGUAUUGGUGUAAUCAUAUCUGCAAUAUUGAUGCAGAAUUACGGUUUGAUGAUUGCUGACCCAAUCUGUUCGAUGCUUAUAGCUCUACUUAUUGGUGUAAGUGUUGUUCCACUCCUGAGAGAAUCCAUUGGAAUUUUGAUGCAGCGAACGCCUCCUUCUCUAGAAAGUGCUUUGCCUCAGUGCUAUCAACGGGUUCAACAAUUGCAAGGAGUUUACAAUUUGCACGAUCCUCAUUUCUGGACUCUUUGUACUGAUGUUUACAUAGGGACUUUGAAACUGUAUGUAGCUCCAGAUGCUGAUGCAAAGUGGAUAUUAAGCCAAACUCACAACAUUUUUACUCAGGCUGGAGUGAGGCAACUGUAUGUUCAGAUCGACUUUGCCACUAUGUAGCGAACCUCUUCGACUCCUCCUCGGACCAAAGCUUUCCAGUACUGUCAUUUUAAGACUUUGUUCUCCCUUUGGAAAUUGAAACUCCUGGUCUCCAUUUCCCAGCAAAGUCUCUUGCUGUCUGAUUAGCAGAAGAGAAAAUGAAAGGGGUGGGAUUGACUUGAAUUAAUCUGGGAGUGACUUUCUGGAGCCCCAAAACUUUGUGGAUUCUUUGCCAAGUUUGUUCCUACCUACAGCAGACUUACCGAUACAGAUGUGAGGUUGCAAUCGUUGACUGUGCUUUCUGUAAGGCUGCUGCUGUGGCAGAGAUUUCUCGUUCCCACAGAACCGGUAUUAUUGUAGGGAGGGAGAAAUUAAACGGAAAUUACUUUGGGGUGUAAUGUCACAGCGAUUGACAUUCUACAGCAUAACUGUUUAUAAGACUGUUUGUACUUCGCAAACUUAAUGAACCAAACCAUAUUGGGUUUUCAGAGUGCCUUUUUAUCAAAGUAUCUGUCAGCACAGAUAGGAAACAUUGGGGAUUUUUUAUUAAUUUUUAUGGCUGUGACUUGUACCAGUAAAGUUUUUGCUUGCAAUUGAUGUGCUGUAAAUGUGUAAUUGAAUACAAAGAUGAUGGAUUCCCUGUUAAUGUUAAAUUUUUAAGUUUCUGAAGACCACUCUUCAGUUUUCAAAUACAGUAGCAAAAUGAAUACGUAAAACGCGCUCGCAGAAUGUUUCAUUACCAUGAAGUAAAAUCUUGGCUGCUAAUUCUGCAGUACCCUGACAGUAAUUGGGCCGUUACUACAUGUAUCUAGCGUGCAAAAAAAUGUCUUGCAAGAAUAUGAUGUUUUCCCCCGAUCGGAUGUCUUUUAAUUAUUGCUUUUCCAUACAUGGUCAAGUCUUGCAGUAAAUAAUAAUUAUUUUUUUUUUAAAUUUAAAUUUUAUGAAACACUCAAAAGGAGGGAUGCUUUUAUGAAUUUGCCUCUUCCUACAUUACCACUUCCUUUCUGAGUCCUUUAUAUUGGAUACAUUUAUUUUGAUUGGAGGGGUUUUUUUUAUACUAGCCAACAGACAAUAUAUUAUUUUAUUUUGUACUCUGUAUGUUUACUUAACCAAUUAUUUGAUCCUCUGAUGAAUGUGAAUCCAGGAUAUACUUCUGGUAAUCUCACCAUUGUCUGCAUUGUCAGGUUUAAACAUUCAGAUUUUAACUGAAUAUAAUGAGUUUUCCUAAAUCAAACCCCAUAUUCAAAGUUUGAUUUUUUUCCCCCUUAUCAAGAUUCUUGUAGGACCUAUAAAUCUUACAGCAGCAUUUUCUGGCACUUAAUUAGUUAGUGAAUAGCUCUGCCAAUAUUCAUUCUGUGCUAGUAUUCUCCAUCAUAAUUAAAAGUUCUUUUAAAACUUCAGAGUAACGUUCUGGGUAAUAUGUCUUCUGUCUAUAUCCCACCGUGUAAUGUUUAAAGGUUAUAUAUGGAUACAACGCCACAUAUUUCUAAUGUUGGAACUGAAGUUGGUCAGCUAGUCUCCAUUUUAAGUUAAUAUGGAAAACCCCAAUUCACUGUUUGUCAAAUCAAUAGAAAUCCCUAGGCCUUUUUAAAAGACAAUUGGAACAAAAGCGUGAAAUGCAAGCAAGGUUGGCCUAGAAAAAAAAAAAAGCAUUUACUCAUGAUCAGAAAUUGUUUUCUUAAGCCAAACAAUUGUUUUUUAUAGCUUGCAUGAAAUUGUGUUAGGCAUCAGAAAUACAUAAAAUGGACCUGAAUUUUAUAUUGGGAAAAAACUGUAAUGUGGAUUUUCUGUUUUUAUGGGAAUAACUUUUUAUUACUUUUUAAUCCAAUGGUUGUUAGAUAACCUAUUUACUGGUUGUUUUAAUUUCUAGCCCUGCUUUGUUUUUGCUUAUUGUUAGAAAUGAAUUUUUAUGCAACCUGUAAUUUAAACCCUAAUAUAAGUUUUGAUUCAUUAUUUUUGCACAGUAACGUAUUUGGGCCUCCUUCCUUUCCAUAAGACAAAAUGAAAAACUGUUUUGUGUAUUGCUAUUUUCUUAUUCCCCUCACAUAUAAAAGACAAUAGGAAUAGAUUCCCCAAGAUGGGAGGGGAAAAUGUUUGUGCUGUUUUCACUUGGUGCAGCAAUAUUAUUUUUCCCCAUGGAAAUAAUUAUUUAGCUCUGUGUAGACUAAUGUGAAGUCCCCUCGCCUUUGAAUCUCUUUCAGCAAAAGGGCUUGCUGAAGUAGGUUGUUAACUUGUUUUAAAUACUUUAUUUGUAAUCACUUCUUCAAAUAAGAAAAUCAACUUGUUCCACUGAUUUGUGCAUCACUCUGAAUUUUGCUUAUGCUUUGACAUGCUUGUUCCAGUGGCUUUUGUUGGCACGUUCUAAAUCUUGGGUGUGCCUUAAAUAAGAGGCGCUGGAAGCUGCUUAACCUUUUUAGUGGGGUUAAUAUGCUCUUUGUUUUGUUUCUGCAGGAUGUAAGUCCUCUUUAUUGUUGCUGACUUCUCUCAGCCAAAUGUCAAACAGCAAAGCAUAUAAAAUUAUACUUUUGCCAAAUAUGUGGCACUGAAAUGUGCUUUUAUCUAACUUUUGGCAAAAUAACUUACAUCGAACGCCGUUGCCUUUGAACCAUAUAGUUCAGCAGAGGGCUCACUUUCUAAACAAAUGUGCAUUUUGAUCUGUAAUCCUAAAACAAAGUGUUUAAUUUAGGAGAUUUAUAGAACAGGUUUAUUGUCCACCAAGCUCUAGAGAGAUAAUAUGAAGGAAAAAGUGUUUUUAUACUUUUAAAGUUCAAAGUAUUAGGCUUAAUCUUAGGAUCUGUUUAAUUGUUGAGGGAAAAUAGACUGCCCAACAUAGUUUAGGAUGUUAUUUUCUACAGAUGGAACCAACAGCUUGAACAGUCUUUUUUCCCUCAGUUCUUUUUCAUUUCUAAAAAUGAACACUUGCCAUUUUAUUCAGAUAUUCAGAGUCUUGGCUAGUAAACAAAGUACUGGUCUAACUGUAAGUUUAUAGAAGAGAUGCUAACUGCACUUUAUCAAAUAAAUAUUGUUGGCAGAUGAGGAAACCAAGACUGCCAGUGGAAAUAUCAAUGGCUGGUUAUUGCAAGAUAGGUUGAGGGAUGGGUGGGAGGAGACUAAAACCAGUGAAAUUAUGUUUUCCUCAGGAGAACUGCAGUAUUCACUAUUUUUUUUAAAAAAAUAUGGUUGGUAUGAUUUAGAUGAAACCCAGGGUUCUUACAUGCUUUGUCUAGUUUAGAAAAUUAUCCUCUAUAACAGGCCUGUCAAACUGGGGCCUGCGGACCGGAUGAGUCAUGCGCAGGCCAUGCCUAUCCUGGCUCCGCAAGGCAAAAAAAUGUCACGAUACGUCACGUGACGCAAUCAAGUUUGACACCUGUGCUCUAUGAGUUUUGUUCAAAAUUUCUUAAAUCACGAUCUGCUUUUGUUUUGCCAUAGAAAGUACAAUAUGCAUUUUUCUCAGAGUCCUACUCCCAGCCCCCAUUAUAACUCCUGUUGCUUUGUACUUUGACCUGAACGUUUUGCAAUUUAUUUUUUUUUUACCUUAAAAGAGUUGUGCCCCACUAAUAAGUAAUUUUACUUUGGAGCUGUGAUUAAGCUUUAACAGAUGGAUUUUUCUGUUUUUAUUCUUCCAUUGUCUUGGGGAGGGGAAAGUUUCACUAUAAUGAAAUGCUAAAACAGUUGUUUGCAUAUUUCAUUUACUGAGGCCUCAUUGCUAUGAUAUCAAUUCCUCAAACUUGCCACUCAAAGUUGCCUUGAAUUACAAGAUGGGCAGCAAAUACAUUUGAUAAAUAAAUAAAAAAUUUAUGCAGGGGUCAGCAGUCUGUUUAGGCAGCAUGAAUCACUAUGCAACCUAUAGCUUCUAAUAGACCAAAUUCUGACUUGAGAACACUGAUCUAAUAGGAUUCCAGCUGCCUAUUUUUAACUUUUGACAUCAGUACUCAUUAUUUAGUGGUGGUAUGUCUUGUUGCCAAGCCCUGAUUUAAAUUAUAGAUCGCAUUUAUGGCCUAGCCAUAUAUUUUCCUGUAUGAAAAAAUGGCGAAACUCUUUAUUUCCUGAAAAUGUCUUUUAUUUCAUUUCUAAAGGCCUGGUGUUUUGUACAAUUCAAGGAAUUUAUUUACCGAUAAGUUCAAAGUGGUGGCUGAAGAUAAUAUACCGAAAAUAACUUGAAAAUACUAUAGCUAGUGGCCAGUGCAAUAUUGAACAUUUUAUUGGUUUAUUUUUUCCUACUUUAAAUACAGUCUUUAUUGAAACAGCAAAAAUGUUUGACAUAUUUGGGAUCAAUUUUUCCUAUCAAUAAAACUUUUUUUUAAAGGUCA